GAACCCAGGAGUCAAGAUUUAAACCCAGAGAACUAAUGCUGACCACUUCACUGCUCCAGCUAGAGACAGAGAGACACACCUACCACUGCCACAGGAUACUCCUGCCAGUCUACCAUGAGUUAGAAUGCCUAAGAGAAGACUAAAUAUCUUUAAAUAAAUUCUAAAUAAAUUCAUCAGGUUAAGAUCAGAUUGACCAGUGCAGAUGGUUGAUACCUGUAACAGUUUACAACUGUCAGGAAAUAAACGUUUAUCCUAAGAGUAAUCAUAGCUAUCGAAGAUAACAGCUUCCUCCAAGAAGCUAUACCAGGAUUUCAACACUUACUGUAAGCUCUUUUCUCAAAAGCACACUGCUUACACUCGGAUCCACAACGGACCGACUCGGAGGAAUCUCACUUCUACACAAGACUCUCUCACAGGCCCGCGGCUCUUGGACAGGAGUAGGAAUUUCCGAGGAGGAGAGCGGUGAGUUGAAAAGAACCUCACAGAGUCCGAAGCAGGGCAGAGGAGAGGAGAGGAGAGAGAGAUCCGCCAGGCGCCGUGUCCACUGUCUUCCGUCAUGAGUCUGACAGGCACGCUGGAGAAGGGGGCCCACCACCAGGCCCUGGACCUGUCUGAGGAGCUGCCCCCACACUCCCACAACAACCACCACCACCUCCACCCUCACCACCACCACAACCUCCAGCUGCAGCUCCAGCAGGCCAACUCCCUGGCCUCCACGGCCCCAGCCGGGACCCCCGUCAGCGGGUCGGGUGUGGUGGUGCCUCCCCCGUACUCCCUGGGCGAGGAGGGAUCUGGGGGUCGCGGCGGUGGUUCGGACGCCCCACUGGAGCUGCGCGGGUCGCUGGACUGCUGGGCAUGCUCGGUGCUAGUGACCGCGCAGAACCUGGUCAUCGCCGCCAUCAACGCCUGCCUGGCCGGAGUGGUGUUUGGGGUGAUCCUCACACCCGCCAUUGUCAUGGUGGUCUUCGGGUUCCUCUGCCAUUCCACGGUAAGCAGCUUCCAGGUGAUGUUACAGACGCCUUAAUUUCAGUGUUUCCAUUUCGUUUUGCCAUUUUAUGUUCCUAUGUAACCUACUACGCGUCCAAGCUUAGAGGUCUCAACAAACAUGGUCUUUUUUCUGUAGCCCACGUGGUGCUGCACCGAUGUCUCAAUCGUAGUGACAAACUAAAUUCAGCAAGGCAAAUUUCCUCAGUCAACAAUUGUGUCAUGACUACCACUUUUGUCAACCGAAAUGUCAAGGAAUCCAUUGUUCAUAAAUAUGCAACUGUCGAGUUUGCCAAUGCUUUAAGAUGUCACAAUAUGUUGUCAUUAUGGAGGGAAAUAACAGAAUAUCAUGAGGUAUCGUGUUUUGUUAUGACAAUGUAGUGAAAUAUUUAGCUUUCGGUCAUCUCCUAGACCAAAAUAAAAAUUAACUGUAAAAUUAAAAAUUAACUGUAUGUGUAUCGAUUCAGCCUUAGGAACCUUUUGAGUCCUGAGUCCUGACUCUAACCCUUGAUAAGGACCUGCAUGGGCUUCAUGACUUAUCUCUUCAGUGGCAAGAUAUCGACCUUGACAUGUCUGGUUUGCAGAAGGGAGUUUGUGUAGUUGCAGAUAGCAUCCAUCCCCCAGCCGAGAUGAUUUGCAAGUGUGCUUGUCAGAAGUGUUGCAACGUACUGUAGACAAGUGGAUAUGAAAUAUCUCGGACAGGCUAGGCACUUUGUGGAGAAGUUGGGGGAGUUUGUUCUAGUGGUCUUCAGCUAUUGGGUGACUCAGAAGCCAAGGCUUUUGUCAAACAGGGGGGAGAUUGGUAUGAACAGGUCAGGACUCAAAUCUAUCAAAAAAAGCAGUGUGAUAGUACAGCCUAGCACAGGGAUGGGCAACUAGCAGGCCGCGCGGCCCGCGGAUCAAUUUUGAAAUGUCAUUAAAAUGUUUGUUUCACGUGUUUUUACCACAUCUGAACAGGAUCCUUAUUGUAAUGGUACGGUCCACCGAUAAGGGCGCUUCCUAUAUAAAAAUUCCAGCGGAGUCGAGCUUUCUUCACUACAGCCAGCGAGCAAGGAAGCGAUAGGCUACAGAGAGGGGCUUAUAAAGAAAACUCAGAACCGUAGACAAGGUGGGAAAGGUUCAGACAAGGUGGGAAACAGCUGAUCUUAAUACAGAAUUCAAAGUCAACUUAUGUGUUUAGUACACAAAAUCAGCCAUGAACUUAAGUCAACACUACAACACCAUGCACGAAGAUAACUAAAAGUAGGCUACAUCGGAGCUGCUAUAACUUAAACUGUUUACCAUAAUGUUAGUCGCUUUGGUUAAAAAUGCGUCAGCCAAAUGUAAUGUAAUGUAAUGUAAUGCUAGAGCCACUGUCGUAGCCGACCUCAAAGUAAAGCAGGGUUCCCACGGGUCAUGGAAUUUCAAAAAUACCAUCAGCAUUUUAAUAGUCUAUUCCAGACAUGGAAGGUCAGGGAAUUAUAUCUUUGGGGGCAAAGUCAUGGAAUAUCAGGGAAUUGUGGUGUAGGAGUUUAAAAUUGUCUUGCCAAAAUACGUUAGGCCUUAUACAGUAUUUACACGCAGCAUUGGCGUUUAUUUAGUUAUUAUGAGUUAUUACAGUAGCUUUCUCCUAUUACUACUUGCGUGAGUGGUUGUAGUUACCCCUACCUGCUCUUUUCAAUGGACAUUUUUUAAUUUCCAGAUUGGUCAUGGAAAUUCAGGAUUUUUGUCAGGGAAGUCGUGGAAUUUUACAUUUGACUUAGAGUGGAAACCCUGGUUAGAGCCUUUUUACAAGAGUCAUUAUUAUCCAUUGCAGUGGGAAACAGGUUUAUUGUGAAUGUGUAAUAUGUUUUAGUUAUUUUCAAGUUCAUUGGUAAAUAGAGGCAAUAUUAAAAUUAAAAAUGCAUUCGAGUAUAGAAAAUAUAAAAUGAAUGCAUGUUGGUUUAAUAAACCUAAGCUACUGUAUAUAUUUUUAAUACUCCUGAUUCCUGAUACCCCAGUGGUGGACGUGUGCGAUCACAUCAGGCCCUCUGACAGCGACAAGAAAAUGUUGUGGCCCUCUCUAUCAUCAAGUUGCCCAUCCCUGGCUUAGCACAUCUAGGUACACACACACACACACACACACACACAGACACAUACACACACAAAACACAUGGUUUGAUUUAUCAAUUUAUGAGUAAAAUGUAUAACUUUUUAACAAAUUUAUGAUCGUCUUCAGGACUAUGGGAGGAGAAAGUCGACAAAAAUAAGUCGUCAAGUUGCCAAAGAAAAUGUAGCCCACAGUACUUGAAUAUCCUGGCAUACUUUAAGGAAUGUUAUCAGGACUUUUUUAUACCCUUCUCUCGGUUUCUCUCUCCCUCUCUCUCUCUCUCUCUCUCUCUAUUUCUGUCACACACACACGCAUACACACCAUUUAAUGGCUUGUCACACACAACAUCGAUGGUAACUUCUUUCUGUUGUGGAGGUCAUGACCUUUAACCUUUGAGGGGUCACUAGGGGUCAGGGAGUGUGAUCACUGAUUAAGGGUCACAUUCAAUGUGGGAUGCCACCCUGCAUGGGCCAAUUAGUGGCCUUGUGACGCCAGCUUAGGGAGGGAUUAUGGAGAAAGGGUAGGGAGAGACAAAGAGGGGUAGAAGCCUGGGGGUGGGUGUAACAGGCACACACGCACACACACACACACACACACACACACACACACACACACACACACACACACACACACACACACAAACACACACACACAUUCUUAUUAGUUCAUCAUAAUUUUCAUCUUCAGCUAAUGGGGAUCCUAUAAACAACAAACAUAAUUAUUUUCCGCGCCACCUCUAUGUGAGUGUGUUUGUGUGUGUCCCCACCAUCCCCUCCACUCACUAAUGUACACAUUCUCCAGAGCCAGGCGAGGUAACCCAUCCCACA